AUGGCGAAGUCUACUGUCCUUCUCAGCGGCCUCGUUGCCAUCAGCGGCUCGGCACUCGCAGCAUCGAACUUCCCAGACUGUAGUAGCUCUGGUCCACUGGGAAACAACUCAGUGUGUGACACAUCCCUAGAUGCUGUGACUCGGGCCAAAGCGCUCGUCGGAAUCCUCACCACAGCGGAGAAGAUCAACGCCACCAUCAGCACAUCGCCGGGUGUACCGCGACUUGGUCUCCCGCCAUAUGAGUGGUGGUCAGAGGCCUUGCAUGGUGUCGCCAACUCCCCAGGUGUCAGCUUCGACCCAGACAACGGGUCCGAAUUUGGAUAUGCGACAUCCUUCCCGCAGCCCAUCACCCUCGGCGCCACCUUUGACGACGCGCUCGUCCACGCAGUCGCAACAGUCGUCUCUACGGAGGCCAGGGCUUUCAGCAAUGCCGGCCGUGCAGGUCUCGACUUUUGGACGCCGAACAUUAACCCCUUCCGUGAUCCAAGGUGGGGAAGAGGACAGGAGACGCCUGGCGAGGAUCCUUUCCAUCUCAGCAGUUAUGUGAAGGCACUUAUUGCCGGGCUGGAGGGCACUGGGGACUCGGCGAGCAACAAGGGUGGCCAGUACAAGAAAGUCGUCUCGACGUGCAAGCACUUUGCGGGGUACGACGUUGAAAGCUGGAACGGGAACUACAGAUAUCAGUUCGAUGCGUCCAUCUCCACACAAGACAUGGUGGAGUAUUACCUGCCUUCGUUCCAGGCAUGUGCGCGAGACUCAAAGGUUGGAGCGUUCAUGUGCAGCUACAACGCCGUCAACGGGGUCCCCACGUGUGCGGAUGACUGGCUUCUCAACGAUGUGCUUCGUGAUCACUGGAAUUGGACAGGUGGUAACGAUGACGGUUUCUGGGUCACAUCGGACUGCGACGCCAUUCAGAACGUCUUCCUCCCUCACCGAUGGGCGACCACACGCGAAGCCGCUGCCGCUGACUCCCUGAAGGCCGGGACAGACCUCAACUGCGGGACAUAUUACAGUCACCAUCUGCAGGGUGCAUAUGACCAAGGCCUCAUCAAUGACACAGAUCUUGACACAGCAGUGACUCGUCUUUACGGCAGUCUGGUGAAGCUCGGGUAUUUCGAUCCCGCAGAGUCACAGCCCUACCGCUCACUGGGCUGGAACGAUGUUGGUACCCCCGAAGCACAACAACUUGCCUACACUGCGGCAGUGGAAGGUACAGUGUUGCUCAAGAACAACAACACACUGCCACUUAGCCUCGAAGGAAAGAAAGUCGCAGUCAUUGGUGACUGGGCCGCGGCGACAGCACAGCUUCAGGGUAAUUACCAUGGCGUGGCUCCCUACCUGCACUCACCAUUGUAUGCUGCGCAGCAGCUCCUGGGCAACGACUCCGUCUUUUACUCCGCCGGCCCAGGUUAUCAAGACCCAACCACCAACAGUUGGGAUUCCAUUUGGGAGGCUGCCAAUGCUGCGGAUGUCAUCUUGUAUUUCGGAGGCAUUGACGAGUCUACGGAAUCAGAAGGGAUGGACCGAGUAAGCAUUGAAUGGGCGGGUUCGCAGCUCGACGUGAUCGGGGAACUGGCUCUCUUGGGAAAGCCUAUGGUUGUAGUCGAACUAGGAGGAGGGCAGCUUGAUAGCUCCCCUAUUGCAGACAACCCAGGCAUCGGUGCCUUGCUAUGGGGAGGGUAUCCUGGACAGGAUGGCGGCGUUGCGCUCUUGGACAUCAUCACGGGCAAGCAGGCGCCUGCUGGUAGACUGCCGGUGACGCAGUACCCAGCAAACUACAUCGCCGCCGUGCCAAUGACAGACAUGGCUCUGCGGCCUGAUGCAGGGACGAGCUUCCCCGGCCGAACAUAUCGGUGGUACGAUGGCGACGCUGUGUUUGAGUUCGGCUUCGGCUUGCAUUACACGACCUUCUCCGCCGAGAUCAAUCUGACUGGGUCACAGAACAGUUUCGACAUCGGCAGUCUUACCUCGAACUGCACAGAAGAAUACCUGGACUUGUGCCCAUUCGCCUCUGUUCCCACCAGUAUCACCAACACGGGCAAUGCCACGUCUGACUACAGCGCCCUCCUGUUCCUGAAGGGCGAGUUUGGACCGUCGCCGUAUCCUCUGAAGACUUUAGUCUCGUAUGGAAGGGCGCACAAUAUUUCUGCGUCCGACUCCGCGGAUCUGACACUCAACCUCACACUUGGCAGCCUGUCUCGUGUCGAUGAAAGCGGCAAUAGAGUUCUCUACCCCGGCUCUUACAGCCUUUUGCUCGACAUCGAACCAGGCCUGGCAAGCUUGAAUUUUACUUUGACUGGCGAUGCAAAGACUCUGGACGAGUGGCCUGCAGCACCGACGAAUCGCAGUGGCUCGGGGUCAAAGGAAGUGCCGGCGGGCUACUUCGUUGGCGGUUAUGGGAGUGUCAACGAUGCAGGUGGGCAGUCAACGCUCGGCAAUUGA